UGCCCAGGGACUGGGGGCCCUGCCUGCCCCCCACCAUGCCCAGGGACUGGGGGCCCUGCCUGCUCCCCACCAUGCCCAGGGACUGGGGGCCCUGCCUUACCCCCACCAUGCCCAGGGACUGGGGGCCCUGCCUGCCCCCCUUAUCACUCCCAUCCCCAGGGCAGGGUGGGCAGCACUAACGCGAGCACAGAACCAUCACAUCAAGCCUUGAGGACCACAAAACCUCCACCCCCCGGGGGCAGGGAGGUGAUGCCACAGCUGCUCCCAUCCCCAAAAGAGAUGCCCUGGGGAAGGAUAUGCUGCGAGCGCCACGGCCGCGGUGCAGGGGGCGAGAGGCUUUGGUGGCACUCGAGAGGCUGUGCCAACAAACGAGGGGCACCCCUGGGGACAGGAGGGGGCUCCUAGGACCGGAGAUGGAAACCCAACUCCGACUCCAAAGCAGCUCAGCUGGUCAGGGGGGUGGGAGGGCAAAGCCAGCCCGAAGCACGCCUGGAACCCUGCCAAAGAGAAAGCUGCGGGCAGCGGGGAGAGGGCAGAAGAGGGCACCCGGAGCUGGUGCCGGCCGAGCUGCCAAGCCACCACAGGACUCGAGGCAGGGGCUGUGGGGCUGGCACCCCCCCGGGCUCUGGGUUCGGUUUUUGGGCUUUUUUCCUUCUUCAAAGAGGCAGCCAAAAGCUCUGCCCGGGGGAGCCUGGCGAAGCUGGCAGCUCCUCACAUUACAGUUUCAGGAGGUGCCACGUUACAGAGCAGCCUGGCAUGGCCCUGGGCACCGCAUCGCUGCCACCCAGGGUGGAGAAGAGACCUUCAAGAGAUCCUCGAGUCCAACCCUGAAGGGGUCCAGAAGGCUUUUUUUGCCCCCUCCCUCUCCAGGCUGGCUCUUGCCCUCCUGCAGCUCCCAGCCCCGGGGACGUGGACAAGGCACCGCCCCCCGGCGCCGCCCAUUGGACAUCCCCUCACGAAGUCCCGCCCAGAGGCGGAGCCAGAGACGUUACGCCACGCCCCCCGCCACACCCCCACCUAGCGGCCCCGCUGAUCACGUGACGCACCGGGUGCCGCCCGCGGGGCGCCGCCAUCUUGGGGAGGGAGCUGCGACCUCUGCUCCGGUACCGCCGCGGCCCAGGCCCUCCCCUCCGCUCGGUGCGCGUCUGCGGCCUCGGCCCUUCAGGGAGAGCGGGGAAGGGGACCCCGGCCCUGGGGAACCCCGGCCCUGGAGGACCCCGGCCCUGGGGGGCCGAGCUGAAGCUCAGGCAGGAGAGCUUCGCCACUCCCAAGAUGGCACCGGGCCCCGCCCCGGCCUCUCCCAAGAUGGCGCCGGCGCCGCCUACGGUGGCCGAGAGCUGCCCCUCGGCUGCGCCUGCGCCUGCGCCGCGCGGGCCGCACCGUGA